GCGGAAGUAUGUGAAUUAGAAGCUGUCAUGUAAGAACUGCCAAGGAGCAUUUAUUGCUAUGGAGACUGGGCCGACUCAUGUUAGUGCAUCAAUUCAAUAUGAGCCUCCAUCUCAUACAACAAGUAAUGGCUAUGGAGCUCAUGGCUAUGAUUUCGUCUCACGCAUGCCUACCAAUUCCACUUAUUUCUUAGGUCAGUAUCCUGCACAUGGAUAUGAAUAUAUUACAAAUGAGUCAUAUGACUGGAGCUCAUAUGUGGGAACAUCUCCUGGGAAUCUGGAGUCAAACCGAAUUUCUUCAGUAUCUAACGGAUAUCCUAAUAAGCUCACCAAUGUAGUAGCCUGUAGGGGAAGAAAGAAGGUUAAAGAAGGCUCUAACAGGACAAGCUCGAUGAAAGGCACAAUAUGUGAUCUGAUAUAUCCAAGCCCACCCAUUUGGUCUGCUGAUCCUUCUUCAGUGAUUAAGGCCAGCAGACCUGAGAAGAAGAGGAAUGUUGGUUUGGGGUCAUCUGAGGCUGCGGCGGCGGCUACAGAGGACGCGACCCCCCUUGAUGAAGUAAGUGCCUCCUCCAAGGAAUGGGAUGAUGUAUCAAGAAUAGGACAAAAUGUUUCCUCUGGGGAGUGCUUUGAGGCUAGGCAAAUAUGGGUAAUUUAUGAUGAAGAUGAUGGUAUGCCACGCUUAUAUUGCAUGGUUCGGGAAGUACUCUUUAUUCAACCUUUUAAGAUUGACAUAGCCUACUUGAGCUCCAAAACUGACAUCGAGUUUGGUACAAUGAAAUGGGUGCAGUACGGGUUUACAAAGUCGUGUGGACAUUUCAGGAUACGAAACACUGACAUAGUUGAUCAUGUUAACAUAUUUUCCCAUCUCUUGAAAAGCAAGAAGACGGGAAGAGGCGGUUGUGUCAGGAUAUUCCCCCAAACCGAAGAUAUUUGGGCUGUGUACAAGAACUGGUCACCAAACUGGAACAACUCAACUCCAGAUGAAGUGAGGCACAAGAGAGAUAAGGAGGAGAGCAAGAAAUGGAUACCGAGGAGAGAGAUGUUGCGGUUUUCGCAUCAAGUGCCAUCUUGGUUUCUUAAAGAGGAAACUAGUGGUAUGCCCGGAAACUGUUGGGACUUGGACCCAACUGCUAUACUAGAAGAGUUGCUUCACAAUGGAGCAAGAAUUGAUUGAUUAUCAUUCACUGUCGCUACAAAAGACAAGAGUAAGAGCUUUACAUUAUCAAUGUAACGGUUUUUGACUCAGUGUAGAAACCCAACUCUGUAUCGAGAAGAUUUGUGGAUUAUUAUAUCAGGAACUAUAUACACAGGCAAGCCUCUGUUUGUUCAUUGGAGCUGUUGUAUUAGCAAUGUUGAAAAAUCAAACAUAGUCUGACUU